CGGACGCGAGAACGAGCUCUGCAUGGCUCUCCCUCUCGUUGUCGUGCUGGGUUCCGAGAAUGUCAGCGUCGAGCAGGAUAUUCUCGGUAGUAUUGCGACAGUAAUCGGGACGGAUCCUCACCAGACACGUCACGUUCCGGACGAAAUCGCGUCUCGUGUGUCUGCAGUCUCCGCUUGGCAUACAGCCAGAGUCGACAGAGAGCUUUUGAAACGCAUGAAAAAUUGCAAAAUAGUAGUUUGUUGCGGGGCAGGGUAUGACAACGUUGAUGCUCAAGCUGCAGGCCAGCUGGGAAUCGCAGUCUCAAACGCUCCCGCUUACGGCACCGAGGAGGUGGCCGAUUCUGCAAUGUGUCUCAUUCUCAAUUUGCAUCGACGUACGCUCCAUCUUGAGCGUUGCCUUCGGGAAGGCAAAAUGGGAGACGGGGGCGUGGAAUGCCAGCUGCGCGAGGCGACCGGUGCCAGACGUAUACGAGGCAAAGUGCUGGGCCUCGUUGGCUUGGGCCGGAUUGGUACAGCGGUUGCAUUGAGAGCCAAGCCGUUUGGAUUCGAUAUUGUUUGCUAUGAUCCGUUUCUAUUAGAAGGGAUCGAGAAGGCAGUGGGAGUGAGGCGAGUCUAUUGUCUCGAGGAGUUGUUGUCUCAAAGCGACUGUGUCUCUCUGCAUUGUUAUUUGAACGACGACAAUCGUCAUAUGAUUAAUGAGAAGACACUCGGGUAUAUGAAACCUGGGGCGUUUAUUGUGAAUACUGCCAGAGGCGGAUUGAUCGAUGAAAACGCGUUGGCGGAGGCUUUGAAAAGUGGUCACGUAGCGGCGGCUGCUCUCGAUGUCCAGGAGAAGGAACCGUUCGAUAGCAAGAGCAGUUCUCUUGGUCAAGCUCCCAACGUGAUCUGUACUCCACACGUGGCUUGGUAUAGUGACUGUGCGUGGCCCGAUUGUCUGAAAUUCACUGCUGAAGAAAUUGGCAGGGGGCUAGUCGGAACGUCGCCUUUCACGAGUGGCCUUCGAAGUUGGGUAAACACGGAAAGCUAUGAAGAUCAAGGAAGGUGGACAUGUUAAAAGGCUCCUUUCUCUCGGGUCUUGUUUGAUUGUUUUCCUACGUCCACGAGUUGCUCUAAUGGCACCAACAAACAUUAGGAACGCUGUGUCAGUGGAUGAGACUGCUCUCAUAUAUAGGCACUCUUAUUUAUAACUGAAGAAAAAUUAACUUGCGUCUGUAUUCUUCUGUCUAUGAUAUUGAUCCUCAUAACAGUUUGGUUAUUUCUACCCGUGAAACUGUACUGAGUACUCAUGGUUUUCCUAGUCUGUUAACCCUUAACCUGUGAGGGUUAACAGACCAGUUAAGAUGGAGCAUCCUGGAACAGUUAGGCUCGCAGUGCAGGAUAUAACGACUCCUGGUUGACUGGACACUCACAAAAAGUUAUCGGGCAUCCUAAUUUGGCUUGCGGCAGUAAUAAUAAAUCUAAAUAUGUAUAUGGCAUCA